GCGGUCCGCCGCGGCCGCGGUCCUGGCUCUAUAUUCGCCGGGCGUCCGAGGGAACUAGGGGCCCGGCGGCGCUCUGCAAGAUGCUGCGGACAGGCCCCCGGCUAAUGCGAACGAUCUGCACGACGGCCGCGGCUUAUCAAAAUAAGCUAAAGCUAGCCCUUAUAGGUCAAAGUAUUUUCGGACAAGAAGUUUAUAACAAGCUGAGAAAAGAGGGGCAUAAAAUUGUGGGAGUAUUCACAGUGCCUGACAAGAAUGGACAAGCUGAUCCUUUGGCACUGGCAGCAGAGAAGGAUGGCACUCCUGUUUUCAAGUUCCCUAGAUGGAGAGCUAAAGGCAAGCCUAUCCAGGAAGUAGUUGCAGCCUACAAAUCAGUUGGAGCAGAGCUAAAUGUCCUUCCAUUCUGUACACAGUUCAUCCCCAUGGAUGUUAUUGACUGCCCAAAACAUGGCUCAAUUAUUUACCAUCCAUCCAUCCUACCACGCCACCGAGGAGCUUCUGCAAUCAACUGGACUUUAAUUCAAGGAGAUAAGAAAGCAGGAUUUACUAUUUUUUGGGCUGAUGAUGGUUUGGACACAGGACCAAUCCUUCUGCAGCGAGAAUGUGAUGUUGGCCCAAAUGAUACUGUGGAUGACCUCUAUAACCGGUUUCUCUUCCCAGAGGGCAUAAAGGCUAUGGUGGAAGCUGUUCAUCUAAUUGCUGAUGGUAAGGCCCCUCGUAUACCUCAGCCUGAAGAAGGGGCAACAUAUGAAGGGAUCCAGAAAAAGGAAAAUGCAGAGAUCUCCUGGGACCAACCUGCAGCAGCUUUGCACAACUGGAUUAGAGGGCAUGAUAAAGUGCCUGGAGCAUGGGCAAUGAUAGGUGACCAGGCUGUUACUUUUUAUGGAUCAUCAUUACUUGAUGCAUCAGUGCCUGCUGGACAAGAGCUGGCAAUAAAAGGUGCUUCAAGACCUGGGCUUGUAACCAAGAAUGGUCUAGUCAUUUUUGGUAAUGAUGGGAAGAUGGUACUAGUGAGAAAUCUGCAGUUUGAGGACGGAAAAAUGAUCCCUGCAUCUAAAUACUUCUCUACUGAUGAAACAACUGCCUUGGAACUUACAGAAGAAGAGAAAAAGAUGGCAGAAGAUAUUAGGGCUAUUUGGAAGGGAAUUUUGAGCAAUGUUGCUGUAAUUGAAGAUUCCACAGACUUCUUCAAAUCUGGAGCAUCCUCUAUGCAUGUUGUCAGAAUGCUAGAAGAGAUCAAACAGAAAUAUAGUGGACUUCAACUACAGAAUGAAGAUGUGUAUAUGGCCACUAAGUUUGCAGACUUUAUUCAAAUGGCUGUCAGAAAAUUGAGAGGAGAAGACAAAGAAGAAGAGUUAGUCAUUGACUACGUUUCAAAACAUUUGAACAACAUGACAGUGAAUAUGCCAUACCAAUGUUUCAUAAAUGGGCAGUUUAUCAGUGCUGAUGAUGGAAAAACAUAUGACACUAUAAAUCCAGCAGAUGGUUCCGUAAUAGCCAGCGUAUCUUCUGCUUCUUUGGCUGAUGUUGACAAGGCAGUGGCAGCAGCAAAGGAGGCAUUUGAAAAUGGGGAAUGGGGAAAAAUGAAUGCAAGGGAAAGAGGGCGGCUUAUGUACAGACUUGCAGACCUGAUGGAAGAACAUCAAGAGGAGCUGGCAACUAUAGAGUCUAUUGACUCAGGGGCUGUCUACACUUUAGCUUUGAAGACCCACGUUGGAAUGUCUGUGCAAACAUUCAGAUACUUUGCUGGAUGGUGUGACAAAAUUCAGGGUGCUACAAUUCCAAUUAACCAAGCCCGGCCAAACCAUAAUCUAACAUUCACCAAGAAAGAGCCAAUAGGUGUCUGUGCAAUUGUUAUCCCUUGGAAUUAUCCACUGAUGAUGCUUGCAUGGAAGAGUGCAGCGUGCUUGGCUGCAGGCAACACACUUGUACUCAAGCCAGCUCAGGUCACACCUCUGACUUCCUUAAAGUUUGCAGAACUUUCAGCUAGAGCUGGAUUUCCUAAAGGCGUUAUAAAUAUUCUGCCUGGUUCAGGUGGCUUAGUGGGACAGCACCUGUCUGAACAUCCGGAUGUUCGCAAAGUUGGAUUCACUGGUUCAACGCCAACUGGUAAACAGAUCAUGAAGAGUGCAGCCACUAAUCUGAAGAAAGUUUCUCUUGAACUUGGUGGUAAAUCACCAUUGAUCAUAUUCAGUGACUGUGAACUUGACAGAGCUGUAAAAAUGGGUAUGGGAGCAGUGUAUUUCAACAAAGGAGAAAACUGCAUUGCAGCUGGCAGACUGUUUGUGGAAGAAUCAAUCCACGAUGAAUUUGUUAGAAAAGUGGUGGAAGAAAUAAAAAAGAUGAAAAUUGGUGACCCACUUGAUAGAUCUACAGACCACGGUCCACAAAAUCACAAGGCACAUUUGGAAAAACUGCUGCAAUAUUGUGAAACUGGAGUAAAAGAAGGAGCCACUUUAGUGUAUGGAGGAAGACAAGUACGUAGACCAGGUUUCUUCAUGGAACCCACUGUAUUCACAGAUGUUGAAGACCAUAUGUAUAUUGCCCAGGAAGAGUCCUUUGGCCCCGUGAUGGUGAUUUCUAAAUUUAAAAAUGGGGACGUUGAAGGAGUGCUGCGACGGGCAAAUACCACGGAAUAUGGUUUAGCUUCAGGAGUUUUCACAAAAGACAUAAGCAAAGCCCUCUACAUCAGUGAAAAGCUAGAAACUGGAACCGUUUUUAUUAACACAUAUAACAAAACUGAUGUGGCAGCACCAUUUGGUGGAUUUAAGCAGUCUGGCUUUGGGAAGGAUUUAGGUGAAGAAGCUCUCCAUGAAUAUCUCAGAACCAAGGCUAUCACUGUGGAAUACUAAAGUCACAGCUUCACUUGGAAAGUAAACUCUCAUCAGAGUUUGAUCCUUAACAACUCCAUGAAGCACAUAAUACCAUGCCCAGGAAAUGCUGGCUGCAGUGCUACAGCUUGCAAAAAAACCCCCACCAAAACAAAACACCCAUUCCAUAGAUAAGUUUCUAUAAAACAGGUCCAAAUUUUAGUCUCACUGACAGAUAAAAGCAUUUGGAAAUUAACAUGAAGUUAUUUAAAUUAUGCAGCAGCAGUUGUUAGCACAAUCCCUCCCCCCCCCAAAAAAAAACCAACCUCAAGAGCAUGGUUAUUUUUCUAACUACAAUUGAAGAAAGAAUCCUCAUAUGCCCACUUCAUAUUUGUGUGAACGGAAUAUUUACUUGGACAUUUCAGAUCCUUAGUCAUUAGGUUUCUCUUAAACUCAGAUACACUGAUUAUUGCCAUUUUUGCUAUAAAUCGGUUCAAGUUUUACAGUAGCAAUUAAACAUUCUGCUCUGGUGAUUCUUCAGCAGUACAGAAAACCUUUGUGCCAUAAGUAAAUCAAUGCAAGAAAGUGCACUUACUAUGAUCUCUGUAUAAUACAUACAGAGUUCAACAUUGGUGUUAAAACUAUGCACAUCAAGCUAAAGUUGCUGAGAAUAUUUUCUAUCUUUCUGUUGAUACGGGAUGUGUGAUCUGCCUGCAAUUUGAAAGGUGAAGAGAUUAAAAUCAUUUCUCAUGUCUGUGCCCAUGGACUGUUUUAUACAGCACGAUUAUUGCUUUAUAUUUCGUACUUUUUUUUUGUUUAAUCUAUGGGGAAAUCUCUUGUGAAAUGGCAGAGUUUAGAUGUUGGCUUUCAAUCUUUCUUCAGUUUGAAGGACAUUUUACAUAGAUUGAGACUUUAUCUAGCAAACUAAGCCUACUAAGACCACUUGCUCUUUUUAGAGUGCAGCUCCACUCAAAGCUCAAUCUGACCUGUGGUCUGCCAUUAAAAGUAGCAGCCCCAUUCCUUGAUUCCCAUCGCUAAAAUGUUUUGUGGUUUAAUCACUUAAUCCUAGUAAAAUGUGCCCCCGUUCUAUUUUUAAGAAGCCACAUUGUGAAAGACCAGAAUCCUCAUUAUUUCAUAGAAUCACAGAAUCUCAAGGGCUGGAAGGGACCUCAAAAGACCAUCUAGUCCAACCCCACUGCCAGAGCAGGUCCACCUAGAGUAGGUCACACAGGAACUCAUCCAGGUGGGUUUAGAAUGUCUGCAGAGGAGACAUCUGGGCAGCCUGUUCCAGCGUUCCAUCACCCUCACAGUGAAGAAGUUUUUCCUUGUAUUUCUUUGGAACCUCUUAUGUUCCAGCUCGUGCCCAGUGCCCCUUGUCCUAUCACUGGCCAUCACUGAGAAGAGCGUGGCUCCAUCCUCCCAACACUAACCCUACAGAAAGAUAUUAAACCUAUGGGUUUAAGCACGGGAUUCAAUAUAAAUUCUGUAAACAACUGCAGGUUUCAAGUCAUGACAUUUAGUUUAACAUUUAGAGCAAAUACAAUAUAGAAAAUUUUACUUUAAUGUGUAGAAAGUACUAGGUUCCUUUAAGAAACAAACAAGGACAUCCAGGAGCAUAUCAAAUACUUCUGAAAUGUAACCUGAUCUAUGAAGUAAAUAGAACAGCCUAAAUUGUUGUAUUUGAUCAGAGGUAAGUGUGAAUGAGACAUACUUCACAAUUGUUUGAGGCUACCCAAAGUACAGACAUGAUGAAAAUUCACCUUUUUAUUCUUCUGGUAGUGACAGCUGUUAACAAAAUGGAAAGGACAGGAACACGGCAGGGAAAGCACGAGAUGAAAAGUGUGGCUUAUAGCAAUUGCACCACAACGGAGGCAGACUUGACUGUUGGAAGUACUGAGAGUAUCUGCACUACAGCCACAAAUGUUCCAGAUAGGAGCCAGUAACCUCCCUGUAAUGACAGGGGGCUCAGUGCAGGCACAGAGGGUAAGUAAGCCCUUGCUGAACUCUUUCUUAAGUCACAGCUUACCCACACUAGCUCAUCCCAGCACAACCCCAGCGGCUGCUUUGGUGUUCAGCAGUUACUGUCAUGAAUGCAACGUAGACAUACCUCUAAAAUACUUCAAAAUAAUGUUUAAUAUUGAAGAUAUUAAUAUUGAAGUGUACAUAACACUUCACAGGACAUGGAACAUUAAAAAACCAAAGCUUUUUUUCCUGGUUAACUCUUUCCUGCCCUUGAAGCAAAAAUUUCUUCUGGCACAGUACAAAAAUCUUUGAAAAGGAAUUUUAACCAGAUUCCACUGUCCCAAAUUCUAGCUGCUUUCUUAAAUCGAUCCUACUAUGAAGUUUAUUUCCAUGUUGCUUGAUGAAUAAAAUGGUACUUAAUUGCUCAGAAGUCCAGCCUGCCUCAGUCAUCACUGGAUCGUAAGUUCUCCACCAUGUGACUUAUGGCAUUUCACAUGACCUUAAGGGAUGCUACACUGAGAAGCAAAGCAGUUUUACAGGCCAAGUCUUCAAAGUAAGAAAACACAAUUUGCGUUUUUUCUUGGGGUUUUUUUUAAGUAAAAUAAAAUGGAUUUACUCAUUCA